CGGCGUAAUCACUGGGCGGCGAUGGUGGCACUGAGUGCUGGAGCUCUGGCUGGAGCUGUCACCGAGUCACUGGGGAGAGCCGGAAGUUACCGAAGAUCUGUCUGCCGAGAAAGUAUACAAGUCACUGACUUCGUUUCUCUACAUGGAACUGGGAGACGGUUACCAUGAGCAGCUCCAGAGAGACAGCCAGUUCCUGUGUUCAGACCAGCGAAUGGACACAGAACUGGUGGACAAACUGGUCCUGCAGCUCAACAGAAUCUACCCCCAGAUAUUGAGUGACAAAGAGGCCCAGAGAUUCCGGAACUUGAGGGUCCCCACCACAGUGCGGUUGGCUGAGCUGCUAGUGCACCUGCAGGGAAAGGGCGAGGAGGCUUGUCAUGAGUUCUACAGAGGGCUUCACAUCCACGCUGAGAACAUCUACUUCAGCCUACCCACCAGAGUCAGGAGCAGAGAGACGGCAGACCCAAUCUGGACUAACACAGAGGCCGGGCGCAGAGAGAGAUAUGUACUUAAUGACAGGGGACCAUUGUUCUUCUUAAGUUGUUUCAGUCUGGCAGUGGGACUGGCCAUGCUCUAUUAUUGUGGGGAAGUGAAGGCAGUGAAGGGUCCAGGUUUAUUGCUGCAGUACACAGCUCUUGGACUGAGCAGGGGAGCAAGUGAUGUUCUCAUAUCAUACGCCGAUGAUGGAGCCGGAACAAUAUAAGCCAAUUUAAGAAACAAGCUUAAAAGAAAACUAUGGAGAAGAUGUCCCUUUGCAAAACAUAUUACUUUGCUAUGCCAAACUCUUACUAGUAGAGGGAAUUCUAAGGUGCUACUUUAUGAAGGUUGUACAUACUUGUAAAUAUAAUUUUACUUAUUUGGUCAACGGUAAAGAUUCAAAUUGAACCUUGAUUUAUUGGACAUAAUUGUUUUAACAAACAGUGUCUCUAUGCUCUUAAUAAAGUUUAACGUGGGCCUAAUUUGAACACCACUGAUAAAAGAGCAUUAGGAGACCACAUUUCAGGUCAGUAUCACUAUUUAAUCAAAUUCAUUGAAUCUUAGGUAACUUGAAAAGGCUAAACAUUUACUUGUAUGCCUGGUAAAUGAACUUUUCAUCAAAACAAGCUGCUGUGUAACUUUGGAUGCCUCAAAUGAAUGUUUCAACACCCUCAAGUAUGAACGACAGCACUACUGCCUGUUUCUGUACGUUGAACACAGUUAUAGAAUGUUGUACACAGAGUAAUUGUCCUCACCUUCUCGCUUA